UUAUAAAUUAUCUCUCCAUUUGCUGGUCAACGAAAGCUCAAAUAUGCCACAUGAUGAGCAACUUGGUUACGUUACACACAAAGCUCUAUACUCUCCAGUGCGAGGCUCCCUCGAAGAAGGCUCCGCUUAUUUCUGGCUGGCUCAUCUCUUUGUUUCUCGAGCGUCAACAAUGUCGGCGAAGGGGAACAUAGUUCUGUUCCCGUUCUUGGCUCAGGGCCACAUGAACCCCUGCCUCGACCUCGCCCGCCUCCUCGCCGCCCGCCACCCCAGUCUCACCCUCACCCUCGUCACCACCUCCGGCAACCUCCCCCACCUCCGCCGCCUCUUCCCCCCCGACCUCUUCCCCUCCCUCCGCCUCGCCGCCCUCCCCUUCCGCCCUUCCGACCACGGCCUUCCCCCCGACGCCGACACCACCUUCGCCCUCCCCGCCCACCUGGUCACCCCCUUCAACCACUCCACCUACUCCCUCCGACCCCACUUCCACCGCCUCCUCUCCGACCUGUCCGCCGCCGGAGCUGGCGGUGCCGCCCCUCCCCUCCUCUGUGUCAUCGCCGACAUGUUCCUCCCCUGGACCGUCCCCAUCGCCCAGUCCCUCGGUGUCUUCCACGCCGUCCUCUACACCUCCGGACCCUUCGCCAUGUCUAUUUAUAAUUAUAUUUGGAGCCGUCUCCCCCAUGUCGCCUCCGACGCCGACGAGUUCGCCGUCCCGGACCUCCCCGGCGUCGCCGUCCGCCGCUCCCAGCUCUCCCGCAACAUGCUCUCCGCCGCCUCCCCCGACCACCCCUCCGCCGUCUUCGUCCGCCGCCUAGCCGAUCUCUGCCGCCGCUCUAGCGCCACCCUCUGGAACACCGCUGAUGCCCUCGAGAAGCCCUUCCUCGACGCCUGGGUCAGAUCCUCCGGCCUGCCCGUCUUCGCAGUGGGCCCCCUAUUCGCCGCAGCCCCGAAGCCUCCCGCCGGCCGCGGCGUGAAGGACGGAGGCGCCGCCGACGCGGCGGCCGGUUGGCGAGCGUGGCUCGACCGGCACCCGCCGGGGUCGGUGGCGUACGUGUCGUUCGGAUCGCAGAACCGGCUGCCGGCCGGGGAGGCGGCGUCGCUGGCUGCGGCGCUGGAGGGGCAGGGUCGGCCGUUCCUCUGGGCGGCGCCGGCGGUGGACCAGGCGCCGGAGGGGGUCUUCGGAGAGGGAGUCGGACUGGUGGUCAGGAGUUGGGUUCCGCAAAUCGAGAUUCUAGGGCACGCGGCGACGGGGGCGUUCGUGAGCCACUGCGGGUGGAACUCGUCGUUGGAGAGCAUGCGGCACGGAGUGCCGGUGAUCGGGUGGCCGCUGGGGAGCGAGCAGUUCUACAACGCGAAGCUGAUGGCGGAAGAGAUCGGGGUGUGCGUGGAGGUGGGGAGCGCGGCGGAGGCGGCGGCGGCGGUGGCGGAGGUGAUGGGUCAGGGGGAGAGAGGGAGGGAGAUACGGCGGAGGGCGAGGGAGGUCGCGGAGGAGCUGGAGGCGGCGGUGUCGGAGUCCGGAGGGGUCAAGGGGGCGUCGCUGAGGGCGCUGGAUGAGUUUGUCGAGAGUGGUGCUCAGACGGUCCGAUUGCGGUGCCGAGCCGGAGGGGAGCACCUGAUCAACGGCUGGCAGUGUGAUAUGGAGGUGAUCUCUUGUGCCCGUUUGUGUUACGCUUCUUUGGCAGCGAGUCCGGUCAACGUCAGGCUGCACAUUUCGCCAUUAUUUUUUCCGCCUUAAAAUGCUCUCCU